UCUGCGUGGUGUCGACGCGAUUUCGCAAGAACUAUAUCCAUCGCUUUACCGGAACGAAAAGUCUGUUCUGGUUCACCCCGUGGAGCUCCACCCGACGUGCCUGCGUGUACCUGGCGACGAACCAGUUCUUCGACUACUUCGUGAUGGCCACCAUUUUGUUCAACUGUAUCUUCCUAGCCAUGUCCGAGACGAUCGAGGAAGCAGAGUAUAUAUUUUUAGCAAUUUACACAUGCGAGAUGAUAAUCAAAAUGAUAGCUAAGGGUUUUAUAUUGAACAAGUACACGUACUUGCGGAAUCCGUGGAAUUGGUUGGAUUUCGUGGUCAUCACCAGCGGCUACGCGACGAUUGCCCUGGACGUGGGCAAUCUGGCCGGUUUGCGGACGUUUCGGGUGCUGCGGGCGCUCAAGACGGUGUCAAUUAUGCCGGGUUUAAAAACCAUCAUCAACGCGCUGCUGCAUUCCUUUAAACAACUAGCAGAGGUCAUGACGCUGACGAUAUUCUGCUUGAUGGUGUUUGCCCUGUUUGCCCUACAGGUCUACAUGGGCGAGCUACGUAACAAAUGUGUCAAAAACCCCCCGGAAGGGUGGAAUGUCACCCACGAGGAAUGGCGAAUGUGGGUAAACGAUACCGAAAACUGGUUCAUCGACGACGAAGGAAUGCCUUUGCUGUGCGGAAACCUGACCGGAGCGCGCCACUGUCCACCCGAGUACACGUGUCUUUGCGUCGGCGAGAACCCGAACCACGGUUACACCAAUUUUGACAACUUCAUGUGGUCAAUGUUAACAACCUUCCAGCUAAUUACGUUAGAUUAUUGGGAAAAUGUAUAUAAUAUGGUCCUGGCGACGUGUGGUCCCAUGAGCGUGUCGUUCUUCACCGUAGUGGUAUUCUUCGGUUCUUUUUAUUUGAUCAACCUGAUGUUAGCUGUCGUUGCUUUGAGUUACGAGGAGGAAGCUGAAAUCACCCAAGAGGAGCGUCGGAAAGACCUGAUCGACCAUCGGGACGAUUCGACGUUCAGCUUCGAUCCGGCCAGUUUGAAUGUUAAGCAGUUAAGUAAGCAGCAGCGCAAAAAGCUGGACGCCCGAAAGGGCGUCCUGCUGGCGUCGUACUCUCGCAAGAAGACCCGCCGGAGAAAGAAGGGCAAGGAAGGGGGCGAAAACGAAAACCAUCUUUCCAAAAGUAGAUCGGUGACGCCAAGUCCCAGUCCGAGUCCGAGACACAGCAUAGUGCGACCGCAGGCACUGGCACUGCAGCGAACGAAAGGAAUGCUGACGACGACGCCCCCAGCUAUGCCACCCGCUCAGCAUCAGCAACAGAAUCCGAACACGUUGCACCCUUUAGGCGUGCACUAUAGAGGCCAGUUGCUGCCUUCCAGCCGACAGGCGAGUUCCAAUGCCAGCGAAGGUGGCGUCAAUCGAGAAUCUUCCCUGGACGAUUCCGGCGUGGUGGAUGACCACGAGGAGCAGGACGUCAUCACUGGCUCCGAGCUGGUGCAUUCUUCCCUAGUAGAGCAACGGGAGGUAACACCGGUAACAUUGGCGUUAUCACCGCGGGAGGUUAGAAUAAUAAAAUGUAACGGUAAUUUAGCGAAAGUCAAAAAGCACAGCGUUUAUGCCCUCCAUCCGGAAUACUUGUCGCAAAUUGUUGUAAUAGACGAUCUUCCUGAUAGAAAUUGUGAUAGAUGUGUUCAAUGUUGCAUCAGCUACGAAAAGUGGUUGCAGUUUCAAAAUUGUUUAUACAAUAUUGUUAAGGAUCCAUUGUUCGAAUUAGGGAUCACACUAUGUAUUGUUUUAAAUACAUUGUUUUUAGCGUUAGAACAUCACGGCAUGAACCAGAACGCGCGUGAUGUGUUAGAAUAUGGUAAUAGGGUUUUUACAGCGGUUUUUUCAUUCGAGUGCAUAUUGAAAGUGUUGGCCCUGUCAAAGGAUUUUUUCCUAUGCGGCUGGAACAUAUUCGAUCUGAUUAUCGUGUCAGCCAGCUUGCUCGAUCUAAUCUUCGAGCUGAUGGAGGGCCUGACAGUGUUGCGGGGGUUGAGAUUGUUACGGGUACUGAAACUAGCACAAUCAUGGACCACGAUGAAGGUCCUGCUAAGUAUUAUCAUAUCGACAAUAGGUGCUUUAGGUAAUCUGACGUUCGUGUUGGUGAUUGUUAUCUAUAUUUUUGCUGUUAUCGGAAUGCAGUUGUUUUCCAAAGAUUACACUCCGGAAAAGUUCGCACCGGACCCGGUGCCAAGGUGGAACUUCAACGAUUUUUUUCACUCGUUCAUGAUGAUUUUUCGUAUUUUGUGCGGAGAAUGGAUCGAACCACUGUGGGACUGCAUGCGGGCUGAAGAAGAGGAAGGAGCCUCGUCGUGCUUUGCCAUCUUCCUCCCGGCGCUGGUGAUGGGCAACUUUAUGGUUCUGAACUUGUUCUUGGCCUUGUUGCUCAAUAGUUUUAAUUCGGAGGAGCUGAAAUCGAAGAAGGAGAGCUUCGAACAGGAAGUGGGCGAGGAUUCCAAGCUGGCCCGCAGCUUCGAGCGGAUACGAUCGAUCGUGCGCAAGAAGCGAAACGCCAACAAGGAAAAGAACGAGAACGAUACCAACACCCGGCUGGAGCAGUUGGUGAACGAGAUCGUCAUCAAGCAGCGGGAAGAGAAGAAGUACACCACGGCCCCGAAGGAUCAAACCAUCGUGCUGCCAUCGAGCGAGUUCCGACCGAUCCAGGGUGGACCACUCUACUGCCAGGGCUAUCAGGAAUCACUGACACAACGUACUCUAUCGGAGCAGCAGUGCUACGAGGUCCCCCUAAAAGAUCAACCCCUGCGAACCAUUUCCGGCAGUCAGGAGACCGUGUCCCAGAUGGACGACCGCCAGCUGCCGGACGAUGGCCAACCGCAGAUGACCGAGGUGGAACGCAAGAUCCUCCAGCAAAUGUCUUCCGGUUUCGGCACCCAGCAGAGCAGGGACGAACCCACGGUAACCGAAUCGCUUGAAAUGCAUUCCCUCAAUCGAAUCAAUUCUUCCGAGAUCGACCCGAACGAACAGUCGAUUCACAUAUCGAACUCCCAACCGUACGACGUGGCGUACCUGCAGUACCAAAAAUCCCUGCUGAACCGAUCGCCAAGCUAUCGGAAAUCGCUGGACAAGACUUCGUCACGAACUUCCAGUGCCCAUUCGUUGGCCACCUCUCUGGCCAAGUGCCACUCGCCGCUGGUGCAGGAGGUACUGAAUGCUGGGUCACAAUACCUACGCAAUAGCAAUAUCUCGCUCAUCCAAACGCCAACUCCGGUACCUAGACGUGAAGAUAAUCAUUUUUUAGUAGCCGAUAGGAACAGUAGUUUAGACAAAUCGAUCACGGCCUCGCCGCCGCAGCCGAUCAGCCAACAACGUUCGCCAAGUACCAGCAGUAGCAUGCGCAAGGCGGUGCUGGCCGCCAACCGUUUCUCCGACCAAUCGCUCAAUACGCUCUCGAUCGACCAUGACGAGCUGAUCAAUCAGAUGAACCUGAAGGACGAACUGCUCAACUGCGAGCAGAAGGAGUUGUUUCAAUUCCUCAACGAUGAGGUUGACAAUAGUAACAAUUAUUUUAGUGAUACGGUAGGUUAUGGCAGCGCGUUAGUCGAUGCGGACACCGAGAGUCUGCUACUAAACUCCAAGAAGGAGGACAUCAUCUACUCACCGGAUCGGAAGGUCUCCAACGGUAGCCUAAAGUCUAAUUUAAGUAGUAUAUCCAAUUCGAUCUUUCAAGCGUUGGAGCACCGCCGAGGGGGUAGUAUAUCCGGUUCAAUAGAAAAACAACGGCCAACGAUCGCUGUGGACAAUGGGAGUAUGCGAUCGGGAAGAGACAGCGACGAUAAAGAGCCGCUCGUUAAGGCUUCUGAGUUUGACGACAUUAUUCAUAGUUUCGAUACCGAGCUGAAGAGCUUGAAGUCUCUCUCGCUAGGCCGAAGCCAUUCGCAGACGGACGCACCCGUGUCGCCGGAACGUGAACGGAGAAACUCCGACACGUGCCCUUCGAAGCCCGUGGUUGAAGAAGUAGUCCGACUGCGAAGGCCCAAAUCCAGUACCGUCUAUAAGUAUAGGAGUAGUAGUAAAGAUAACAAUAAUACACAUGGCAAUAAUACUAGUGAUAAAGAUAAUAACAACAGUAAUACGUGUAACAAUAAUAAUCCUAGGACUAGUACCGGUAACGAUAGUAAUAGCAGUAAUACCGAUAGCAAUACACAGCGCAGCGAAACGUCCAAACGGCGAAGUCUGGAAAAGCAGCGCAACAUAACCGACGAGGAGUUCAACAUGGGAAUAGAGAUAAAGAAACUCUGUGAUCAGCUACAGGCACCAUUUUCCACCUCCGCCGUUGUACAGGAACAACCCACCAGUAGUAGUAGCAGUGGUGGUGGUGGUGGUGGACCCUCAACGCUGACUCCCUUCGUGGGGCUGUCUGCCGUUGGCGGUGGCAACGGGAACAACAUCAGUACCAUCCCUAUCGUGUUUCGACGGAAGAACGACUUCCACAGUAGCUUCGAUCGGAUCAAGCGGCUCAGUCUGAUCGAACGCGUCGAAGAAUGCAACGAAGACGAGAAGGCUUUCGUGCAGCCACCGAAGGCAUCCAGCGAAAAACUUCCACGGAAGCAACUGUCCAAAGACUGCCUGGAGACACUGUCUCUCAAGAGUAGCUACAGUGUAGAAAACUGCGAGAGACCCCUGGACGAAAGCAGCAAAAAGAUCGGAAUCAGUCUGGAAGAGUUCCAGCGGAACAUUGCCCAGGAAAGCAGUUCCGAACCGGCACCGAUCAAGCAACCGCCCAAGAAGACGGUAACCUAUAGCGAAACAUCGCGGCAGAAUAGUUCACAACAACCGACGCCCAAACGGACGCCGUACAAAACCUACGAAUCCGAUGCUCCACUGAACUUAGCUGGAAAGCCGUGGCACUGUCUGGUGUCUUACGUGGACGACAUCACCGUGGGUGGUCGUCGCAAUUCGCAAGGCGUCUACGACGAUCCCAUGGCCUUUCCCAGCUUCGGUCGCCGGAAAGCUCCCAAAAUACCGCAGGACUGCUUCCCGCAAAAGUGCUACGAAAAGUGCAAAUGCUGGGACGCUUGUCUCAAAACCGAAAGCGGCCAACGCUGGUAUCGAUUUCGCCAGGAAAUUCUGCAGUACGUAGACACCCCGGCCUUCGAAUGGUUCGUGCUGGUACUGAUCUUUGCGUCCAGCAUCACCCUGUGCUUCGAAGAUAUCCAUCUGGACCAGAACAAACAGCUGAAGCUAAUCCUCUACUGGACCAAUUUUGUCUUCUGUCUGAUUUUCGUCAUCGAGAUGUUGCUCAAGUGGAUCGCCUUGGGGUUUACCAACUAUUUCUCCAGCUUCUGGACGAUAUUGGACUUUAUCAUCGUAUUCGUGUCGGUUUUCUCACUGCUGAUCGAGGAGAACGAAAACUUGAAAGUACUACGCUCGCUAAGAACGUUGCGCGCUCUGCGGCCGCUGCGAGCAAUAUCCCGAUGGCAGGGCAUGAGAAUAGUAGUGAAUGCAUUGAUGUAUGCGAUUCCGUCGAUCUUCAAUGUACUCCUAGUAUGUCUCGUCUUCUGGCUGAUCUUCUCGAUCAUGGGCGUUCAGUUUUUUGGCGGGAAGUUCUUCAAGUGUGUUGACGAGGAAGGCGAACUGCUACCAAUCCACAUCGUCAACGACAAGUGGCAGUGCUUCGCACUCAACUACACCUGGAUCAACUCCAAGAUCACAUUCGAUCACGUCGGGAUGGGCUACUUGGCUUUGUUUCAAGUGGCUACGUUCGAAGGUUGGAUGGAGGUUAUGGCGGACGCCGUGGACGCCCGAGGCGUUGACCUGCAGCCACAGCGAGAAGCAAACCUGUACGCGUACAUCUACUUUGUGAUCUUUAUCGUGUGUGGAUCGUUCUUUACGCUUAAUCUGUUCAUCGGAGUUAUCAUCGAUAACUUCAACAUGUUGAAGAAAAAAUACGAGGGUGGAGUGCUGGAGAUGUUCUUGACGGAGUCACAGAAGCACUACUACACGGCAAUGAAGAAGCUAGGCCGGAAGAAACCGCAGAAGGUGAUCAAGCGGCCCAUAAAUAAAUUGUUGGCAAUGUUCUACGAUCUUUCCAAUUCGAGGCGGUUCGAAAUCGCCAUCUUUGUACUGAUCUUCCUGAACAUGCUCACGAUGGGCAUCGAACACUACAAUCAACCGCAUGCGGUAUUCUUCAUCCUGGAGGUUAGUAAUGCCUUUUUCACGACCGUAUUCAGUUUGGAGGCGAUCGUCAAAAUCGUCGGUCUGCGCUAUCACUACUUCACCGUGCCGUGGAAUGUGUUCGAUUUCCUGCUGGUGUUGGCAUCGAUCUUCGGCAUCCUGAUGGAAGACAUCAUGAUCGAUCUACCCAUCUCUCCGACGUUGCUCCGAGUAGUUCGGGUGUUCCGCAUCGGGCGGAUACUUCGAUUGAUCAAGGCUGCGAAGGGUAUACGAAAGCUGCUGUUUGCCUUAGUAGUAUCACUACCUGCACUGUUUAACAUUGGGGCACUGCUAGCGUUGAUCACGUUCAUCUACGCCAUCAUCGGGAUGUCGUUGUUCGGUCACGUGAAGCAACAGGGGGCGCUGGAUGAUAUUGUCAAUUUUGAAACGUUUGGCAGAAGUAUGCAAUUGUUGUUUCGACUCAUGACAUCGGCUGGUUGGAACGAUGUUCUGGAGUCGCUCAUGAUCCAGCCGCCAGACUGCAAUCUGCCCCAGGACUCGCAGGGCAACGGAGACUGCGGCCACCCACUGUUGGCGAUAACGUACUUCACCAGUUUCAUUAUAAUCAGUUAUAUGAUUGUAAUCAACAUGUACAUAGCUAUCAUUUUGGAAAACUUCAACCAAGCCCACCAGGAGGAGGAGGUCGGUAUCGUCGAAGACGACUUGGAGAUGUUCUACAUCCGAUGGUCAAAGUACGACCCGCACGCAGGACAGUUCAUACACUUCAACCAACUGUCGGACUUUAUCGCUUCGCUAGAUCCACCGUUAGGCAUACCGAAGCCGAAUACGGUGGCGCUGGUGUCUUUCAACCUUCCAAUAUCCAAGGGCAACAAGAUCCAUUGCCUGGACAUUCUCCACGCAUUGGUAAAGCAUGUCCUCGGACAUGUGGAAGAAACUGAAAAUUUCAAACAGUUGCAAGAUCAGAUGGAUCAGAAGUUCAAGAAGCAAUUCCCAACCCGUAAGGAGUUGGAGAUUGUUUCCUCGACUCGCAUCUGGAAGCGACAGGAAAAGGCAGCGAAGACGAUACAGACCGCUUGGAAGGACUAUCUGAGACGCAAGAGGGAGCGAGAGCGCUCUCCAAUGUCCUUGGAAGACGAUAACACCCAAACGUCAAGUCCCGGCGGUUGGCAAAGUAAGCUAUCCGCUCUGAACUUCCUCCACCUGCAGGUGCACCGUCGCGGAACGGCGACCUCCAGUCGUGCAUCAUCUCGUAAAUCAUCUCGUGCUUCCGAUGCUUCCGAUCUAAGCGAACUUGCUGGGCCUUGGUUGAAUCUUCCGCUGAUGCUUGUCUCCGGAACCAGCGACAUGGUCAAGGACGUCAAACAGCAACAUGCCAAUGGUUUGGAGCUGAAGGACGCUGCCGAAGUGAAAGGUGGCCGCCGGAGGAGCUUUUACAACUUUCCAUUUUUUCUUCGCCAUCAGGAUGCUGUAGAAGAGUCUACCAACUCACCACAACCGCAAAAGCGGCCGCUCAAAACUAGUGAGACUAACCUCUCGCUGACCGCUUCGCUGGACAAAGCGGUAACUCCGGUGGCACCCACCACUCCAAUCAUGAAACCGAAACGCGCAACGAGCUUCGUCAAGAAAAAGCCACCGCUGGAACGGGGCUUCUCGGCACAGAGCGCGUUGCGGCUCAAUCGGAAUGUGGCAGUGCCUGACGACAAUUUGUCCGCCUCGACGGCCGACGUCAGCAUACUCGUGACUGAACCAUCUCCGGAUGUGCCUACUGGGCCCCAUCUAGCCGCCAAAGUGCCAGGUGAAGCUACGCUUGUGCACGUCCUGGUUCAUCGCGAGAGCGAAGAAUACCAGUCGGACGUCGAUGACAAAGACGAGACCAAAGUGAAAGAGCCUCGCGAUCCUUCCAAAGCUAGUGAUAUUAAAAUCUCCCCUGGCACGAAUGUUGACUAUCAAAUUCUAGGUGGCAGCACCGACGGACCCCGUCCAGUGGUGACCAUCUGCGUCGAGAGUCCCCGGGAGUCUCCGGACUCGCCUCAGCACUCGCAUCCACCGCAGCAGCCACCUCCUCCACUUCCGCAGGACACGGUCAUCGAUAUGGUUGAUCCGGAACCGAUCGAUGUCAACCUUCCACGUGAUACCUCCAACAUCUUCUACGACUACGAGGAACCCAAAGAGGACGCCAAACCUCCAGAGGUUCCUCCUCGUGCUCAUCAGCAUGCAAUCCAGGCUGACCUGGACAAGAUCGAGUACGAUGAAAUCCAACAGAUGAGCAGCAGUACAAGCAGUGCGACCAGCAGCGCCAGUAGCAACACCAACAGUAAUAGCAGCAGCAGUACCAGCAGUGAUCCGGCUGUUGCUGAAGAAGAUCAGUGUCAGUGUCCUCCAACAACCGAAGAAACCCUUCGGCGAGCCAGCUGACCAACAACCGAGUCACAAACGAGCGACCAAGACGAUGACGACGACGACGACGACGACGUCGGCGGCCGUAGCCAACCGGGCACUACUAGUUGACAAUCUUCUUCUUCUUUUUGAGUACCUUUUUACCCAACGGCGGCAGGGCGGCAGCGAUUGCAUCCUCCUGGCCACCAGCAGUACUACUUUGUGCUCCGGAAACGAUUGCUAUCAACGACGUUUUUUACCUCAUUUUACGACGACGCUUGUAUACUUCUACGGAACGGAACGCUGGAAAUACGGACAGGAUGGACGAAGUUCAGCAGCGGUUCACUUGUUACUUCUGCGUUGUUUCUUCUUUGCGUAGGUACGUGUGUGUAGAUAGACGUUUAUAGCGGACUGAGUAUUAGCGUUUGAAUCUGAGAAAUUGAGUUGUACAUAGUUCCCUAUUUGAUGUAGACAGUGUGAAGUUGUAAUUGUAGCUAUUUAGCGUAAGGAGGAACUCAUAGACGCGCGCGGGUGGCUAUAAAAAUGGAAUCGGUUUUAGAAAGAUGGAUUACUGAAGACAAUAUUUAUGCUAUCUGGAGAGAUUUUUACUUUGCUUUUAGUCGUAAGUAUGUUAACGGAAAUCAGUUUGUUAUCAGAAAGUUAUGAUUUGGGACGUUACAGCUAAGAAGAGCGCGUCUGUUCACUUCAACUCCAGUUCAACAAUUUUGGUAGCCUCUUUGUAGUUGGUUCGAUUCAAGUUUCUAGAUGUGGAACAGAAAGGAACGGACUCGGAUCUUCUUCGCCCUUAGUUUGUACUUGUUGAGAAGCUAUGGGACAAUUGGCGCAACUAAAAGAUAGUCAAUUGAUCUGUACUGAUGUACGAUUGUUUAGAUAUAUUUGAACAACACAUGUAAACAAGGUUGAAAUAAUCAAGUUAGUUAUUGAUUGAUUUGCACAUGUCCAUUGGAUGUACAUAAAAAUUUAUUGAAAAACACUUCCUAAGAACCUAGAACAGGGAUGCCAGAGUGAAGACUUGUAUUUGCCGCAGACAUUUUGAAGAAAUUUCAUGUUUUUUUAAGACACAUGAAGACAUUUGGAAUUAGAUGUAGAUUUUGGGUUCAUAUUUCAAGUAGCUUCUUGAAAAUGGUUAUUAUGAGCAACGGCGUAACCAGGUUUCAAAAUAGGGGGAGCAACAUCUCGAAUGUAGUGAUCACAUUUCAAAGGAAGAAAAAUCUGCUACGAAAAAUCAUUUCGCAGUCUCGAAGUCUUGAAAAACAAUUCUUCAAUUCUGCCAUUUUGAAUGUUUACACAUUUCACAAUAAUAACUCUAAAAACACAGAUUCGAAAAUUAGUUUGAGUUCUGUAUCUUAAAAAUUGUCAAAGGGCUAGAACCCUAAGAAGUCUUAGACAUUUGAUUUAUUUUAAAUUAGCAAUGCUGUACUUAAUUUUUAAUAUUAUGUUAAAACUUAUCCAAAGUCUCGGAAUUUUAAUUUUGAUUUAACUUGGAAUCUUUCACAGAAUUUUUAUGAGAUUUGUUCCAGAAUUUCUUUAAAAUAAUCAAAAAAAAAUCCCUAUGGGAAUACCUACAUAAUUUUCUUCAAAGAAUUCUAGAUAUUAUCUACAGAAAGCUCUUGAAACUCCAUGCAAUCUAUUUUGAAUUUCCAAUAAUUGUAACAGAAUUACCUUAAAAUUCUCUUCAGGAUUCGUCUGAUUCUUUUGGAAUGUUUCUCAGCAUUUUUUAGUAUUCCUCCAAAUUUCGAUGGAAUUAUUCCUUAAAUUACCUUUGAAAUCUGCUCAUGAAUUCCUCAAAAUAUGC